GCAAAAGUACAAGAUUACUGGCGGUCCUUGAAACAUAACCAGCUUUAUUAUUCAAAUUCUUCAAAAUUCUUGGCAUAAUUUUUCAUCAUAUGAUGCCCAGGGGUGGCUGGGCAGCCCAGCUUGUUUUAAAAUAAGCACAACAGCACCUGGUUAAUCAGUAACCUUCAAAUUCUGAGGAUUUCUCCUACACAAAUUGUCCAUCAGAUGACACAUCAAGAUGGUCGACAUAAUGAAGAUGUUAGUGUACCUACUUUGCAUGUGUUCAUGUUUUGAAGGUUUUGCUGGACUGAAAUCAUUUCGCAAACCAUUGUCCAAUGAUCGGGUUUACGGUUGGAUCGGAUUUGGCGUUAAAGCGGCUGAAACUGUGAUCGGUUUUCUUUCAGAUGGACUGAAGCUCCUCUCGUCAUCAACUGAUGCAGCCACUCAGGCCAUGAACGAGAGUAACAAUAACGUGCGGGACACUGAAGAUCAUGCUACGUCUGAGGGGCUGACAUCUGUGUCAAGUGACCAGCAACACUCACUAAGCUCAAAGCUGACAUCUACACAGAGCUUCCGAAUGAUGGAGUUCAUGGCUCUUUCCUCAAUGGCACUGUUCUUCACUGGAGAGUACAACUUGCGCUUGGUUUCCAAGUUCUUGAAGACCCUGACACUGGCCAGUGUUCUCGGAAUGGGAAUGUUUUACAAUGCGUACCCGCCCGCAGUUGAAUUCAUGUCCAACAUUUUCUUCCCAUUGACAAUGACUGCGUUGAUGACGGUUUCCAAUUUAUCCGAUAAUGGGCAUCUGUUUUGGGCAGUUUUCAACACCGUGUUUUUUGACAAGUUCUCAGAGGCCACGUCGGCUGUUUCCAGCGGUGCCAGUUAUAAUUCUGCAGUUACGCUGAAUUUCUUUGUGAAUGCCUUGAGGGAAGUGCUCAUGGGAGUGGAUUCAGAGCUUAGCACGCCAGUCACUGACACAUUCAAAGAUAUCUAUGUUUUUCCAAUCAAUGAAUUUCUGGUUGAAAAUGAUGAUGUAUUCUUCAAGCCUUCUAACUUAUCCUCUAUUGCUAUGUAGUGUUCAACAUAAAUUUAUGUUAUUCCGGGAUUGAAUAGUUGAUUCAUGUGGUAUCUGUGGCCAUGAUGUGACUGAUCUUAUGCAUGAUGGACCAAACAAAAGCAUCUGCAGCUCACUGAUGCAGGAUUGCAUCACAAUACAGGUGGACUCUCUCUACAAUGAAAUUCAAGGGACCAGAGUACCCUUUUGGGUACUUUCCUGUUAUCUCAGUACCUACUUUCCUGUUAUCUCUGUACCUUCCCUCUGACCAAUUUGACCUGACCUAACCUAACUUCACCUAACCGCCCCCCAAAAUCAGUUUCUGCUUUCUUUGGGUUUUUGCUG